AUGGGCGGGACGUGCACGCGCAUGGCGCUGAGCGAGCGGCAGGAGAUCUGGGGCUCGAGCCUCCUCUCGCCGCUCUUUGUGGAAGACGACAUUGAAAGCCUCGGUGUCUCGUCCGUGCCGCACACGGCGCUCCCCGGGUCGUCGAUCAUUUCCGCGCGGACGAAAAUCGCGCUCUUGUACGACGGCAAGAUCACGGCGGUCGUGCCGCAGCUCGGGUCCGUCGCGUUCAACGUGAGCGCGUCGAGCAAGUUUACCGGUGUCCACAUCUUUGCCAAGGGCAAUCUGUCGGUCUCGCGAUUCUUCAAGGACCGGAACCGGUCGCCGAACGCGUCGAGCCAGUUUACGAUCGACACGGAAGAGAUGCUCGUGUCGGCAAACGCGACCAGCGGGUCGCACGAGUUCCUGCUCCGCUUUUGCAUGACGAAAACCAACGGCAACGAAGUCGUCAUCAAGUCGUAUCGCGCCACGUCGAUUCAAGUGCUCGAGCGGAGCAAGUUGCUUGCGCUGGAAAAGCCGUCGAGUGCACUCGCGUCCAACGUCUACUACCUUGUCAACAACGUCCUCAACUCGGACUCGCUCACGCUGCUCCGGUCCGUAUCGUUUUUCGCCGACAUUGCCGACGAAAAGCUCCUUCGCUUGGCCGACCUCUCCACCAUCAGCGUCCUUGCGCCGGGAUGCGUCGUCUUCCGGGAAAACGACGAAGAAGGGUCCGAGAUGUUCAUCACGCUCGCGGGCGCCCUCGAAGUGAGCUCCAACCAGAGCGGGCAGUCGAUCGUACUGGCCACGCUUCACGCUGGGUCGUGCUUUGGCGAGAUGGCUCUCAUGACCCGCGUGCCCCGUGCGGCGACGAUCAAGGUGCUCGACCAUGCAAUGCUGCUCUCGAUCGAGCGGGAUUUCUUUCUGCAGUUUCUCGACGACAACCCCGAGGUGCAGAACAAACUGCGCCAUUUACUCCAAGAACGCUUCAUGAAGAAGGCGUUGUCGUCCAACAUUGUACCCUUCUUCCAAGCCAUCCAACUGGACCGGCUCAUGGAACUCUCGCACCACUUUGUCGUGGAAGACACGAUUUGCACCGGCGAUGUCAUCUUGACGCCUGAGACGUACCACACCAAGUUUUGCAUCAUCAUUUGCGGGUCCGUCGAGGCGAGCGAUGUCGUCGGCGACUCCAAGAUGGCCACCGUGCUCUCGCCGGGGAGCUACUUUGGGACGUUUGCCCACUUUACGCACGCGACCACGGUCGAGCACACGGUCGUGGCCAAGACGCCGUGCGUGCUCUUCACGUGUACGCGCGACGUGAGCAACCGCAUCCUUGGCACGUCACCCGUCGUCUUGGCCGAGAUUUACAUUCGCUGGCUGCGCGAACUCGUCGAGCUCAAGCACGUCAUGCAGCACCAUAAGGCGCGCGACUUUUUCCUGGCAUUUUGCCGCGCGGAAUUCAGCGAAGAGAACGCGCUCUUCCUCAUCGACCUCGACACGUACAUGGGCAUCGAGGCCAUGGGCGCCCGGCGAGAGAUGGCGCUCUUCCUUUGCGAGACGUACAUUAGCGCGACCGCGCCCAAGCAGGUCAACAUUGACCACAACAUGCGCGAGAGCAUCAUCAACCAGAUCGCAUCGCUCGGUCUCCGCGGCCUCGAAGAUGAAAUGGAGGUCGAGCUCACCGUCUUUGAACCGGCGCGCUACGAGAUCACGCGGCUCGUGACCAAGGACAGCUUCCCGCGCUUUAAGCGCACCAAGUUCUUCACCGAGAUGCUCGAUGCGUUCGCGCCGUAUGCACAUGCCCGUCAUAUUUCGCUCGCGGAUGCAGUCAACCAGUUCAAGGAGAAGAUCGUGCUGAGCCCGCGGGACGGCGCGCGCGACGACGCGGGCGCCCUCUUUGGCCGCUUCGAGAAGAUCGUCGACGCGGUCAACCUCCACAAGAACCGGCGAACGACGCUCAUGGGCGAGAGCCAGCCGAUCGCGCGCGCGCGAAGGUCCGUGUCCCGCGUCCUCGCCGACCGAUGAAGCCUUCAAGCGGCCUGUACAGACGACGCAUGUAGUAGUAGUAUCGUAGAAUCAAUGGCGUCGGUUGCUGCUAGUUUAUUAGACGAGGUGCAAUAACGUUUUCAAACACGCUUCGAGGUUGCC